AUGCUGAAAAUUUUGUGCGCCCUCGUUUCACAAACAAUCGAUGAUCAGCUGAUUCAACUGCAAACAACAACACUAUUUUCCGAAUCUGUUCAACCCGAUAACAUUAUCCUAGCUAACGCUGAAGCAAUACGCGAACAGUUUGUUAAUACAACAUCAAACUCAUUUUCAGCUGCACUCAACACGAUACGCACAGUACUCCAAGGUAAUCAAAUUGUUAAUCGUCUAAAAACAAAUUAUCAACUGGCUAUACCAUCAACCCGUAGCACCGUCCAACAGCUAUCUCAUACGGCAGAGUAUUCAUCUGUAAAUGAUAGUUGUAUGUGUUCACUAUCAUCCUAUUGUAAAGCAACUACCGGUAUCUACAAUACGUCUGCUUACAUCCCAAAUUGUAAAUAUGACCAUACACCGCCAUGCAACAGUAAAAUAGACGGUGAAAUAGAAUUUGAUGUGCCAGGUAUUAGUGUUGGCUGUUUAGUUCUGGAUGCUGUUCUACAGUCAGAUUUAUCUUGUUUCUACAAUGAAUCUUGUUUAUCUGAAUUAAAGUUUCAGCUAACAGAUUCACCGUCACCGUUUAAUGCUACACCGCUCAAAGUCGGCAGUUCAGUAGCUUCUCUACCGACUAUUGGUGAUCUCAUUGCCAAUUUGAUGGUGGAGGAAUGGUAUUUUAAUUCAUCCUACGAAUCGUAUUUUGAUCACUGUAAUCCACAAACGUGUACCUAUACAUAUGUUAAACAAUUUGAUAUCGUCUAUGUGAUUACGAACACAAUUGCCUUCAUCGGUGGUAUUGCAACAAUUCUAAUACUGAUUACACCACCAAUUGUUACAAAUAUUCGACAAUGGCUCAGUGCACGACGAUCACCAGCUCGCGGUAAAAUUUAUUAUGAUGAUACAGCAAAUCCUAGCAGGUAUUGUUCAUGUAAAAUAGAUCCUACAACUUGCGGUGCAUUAGUCGGUGUCUAUGGCUACAUGGGAACACCUUUUACUAUACCAAAUUUUCGUAUCGGUUGUUAUGUGAUUGAAACAACAUUUUCUUCUACAUUUGAAUGUUUUUACAAUCAAACAUGCUUUAAUGCAUUCAAUAAAUUAAUUUAUUCAAAUUCAUAUGCCCCUUUUAAUGCUACGCCGAUGAUUUGGUCUCAAAAUACAAGUCGUUAUCUACCGACCACAAAAAUACAAACAAUUAUUGAACAACUAAUGAUUGAACGGUGGAAUGAUGAAAUAUCAUUUGAAUCCUAUUUCAAUGAAUGUAACCCUAAUA